UCAAAGUCCUAACAAAAACCCUGUUUUGCCAAACAACAACAAUCAUUUAUUAAAUAAAACCAAAAAGAAUUAGAAAAAUAAAAAUUUGUAUUAGAAGAAGGAGAAAAAGAUGUUGGGAGGACUUGGAUUGAGUGGCCGGACUUUCAUGAACUCCGGCGCCGGCGAGUAUUCAGAUCACCAUCGUCAUCAUCAUCAUGAUACAUUAUUAUUGAUAUCUUCUCCUAAGCAGCUGCUUAGACUGUCAUCUUCACUCUCAUAUUCCAUUUCUCUUCAAUUAAAUACUCAUAAUCUCCGCCUUCGAUCUAAAUCUCCUGUUUCCAUUUCCUGUCUUUCUAGAAGCUUCCAUUAUCUUGAUGAUGACGAUUUUCUCGAAGCUUCUGUUCUCAUCACUGAAACUCUUAUGCACUAUCAGAUGCGUAUUCAAGGAUAUCAAGAGGCAAUAAAUUGGAUGCCUACUGGAAAGCUAUUUCCCUUACCUGGUCAAGGAAAAGGUCCCAGAACUAACAUCCCGACAAUUGGAUCAGAAUUACUUAGCCAGUUUCGCAGUCCCACUAUAUUUCUUAAGAUUUCAUGUGACUGUGAUGAAGACUAUUUGCUACCAAUACUCGUAGGGGAAUCCGCUGUUGAAAGGCUAAUAAGCUCCUCGCUGGAAGAUGAGGGAUCUCCAAACCAGUUUCAGCUUGCGAGAAAUAUAACAGGGAAACUGGGCUAUGAAGUCAAACUGGUACAGAUCACAGAAAGAGUGGACAAUAUAUACAUAGCAAAUAUAUGUUUUCAUAAGCAAGGCACAGAAGAUAUCAUUACAGUGGAUGCUCGUCCUUCAGAUGCUAUAAAUGUUGCUAAACAUUGCAGGGCACCAAUCUAUGUAAGCAAACAGAUUGUGUUGACCGAUGCUAUUAAGAUAGUCUACAAGACAGGAAAGUUGCGUGAUAGAAAACCUGUAUAUGAUGUACUUUUGGACAGUGCCAUAGAUGGUCCUGAUGUUCUUGCCGAGGAGCUCGACUUAGUAUCAAAAAUGAAUCUUGCUGUCAAAGAAGAAAGAUACAGUGAUGCAGCUAUAUGGAGAGACAAACUUUUACAUAUACGCUCGUCAGAAAAUGAGUGAGAAAAAUCGUCAAUUUCUUCCCUUGGAGUUGGAAGCGUAUCUUUCUCUAACAGAGUAAUACAACUGGCAAUUAGUGAACUGUGUACAGUUUCAAUGCGUCUUACAACAUUGUCCAUGUGGAAGUUGAUGACAUUCUGUUGGGUUCAGUCCCAUAACUAUAACUUUCAGAAUGUGUUCCGAAUCAGUUGUGCAUAACGAUAGCUUUCAGAAUGUGUUCCGAAUCACUAUUUCUGAUGUAUCACCUUUUGCUUCAUUAUAAGUAAUUUGUGUGAGGUAGUAUAUCUUGUAAAAAUGUACGGAGUAAUUUGCUAACUAAUGGUGAGAUUUCUGUAGUCUCAUCAUCGAUUGUAUCUUCUGUAUGGUUUUCUGAAUUGGUGGAGUACGCAUUCCUAAAUUGCCAGUGAAUAACAAGAAGCAUAUUGUUUA